UCGGUCUUGCCGCCGUGUGGGAGCCAUGGCGGCCUCUGAGGCGGCGGCGGCGGGGCCCGCGGCUCUGGGCUCGGGCACCUUGGGCGCCCCGGCCGUCCCGGCGGCCGCGAGGGGAGCCGCCGCCGCCUCGGGUCCGUGGGGUCCCCCGGGACGGCUGAGGGGCAGCCGACCGCGGCCCGCAGCGGCGAGGCAGCAGCCCGCAUCUCCAGCGCUGCCUGCCCGGGAGCUGAUCCAGCCGUCGGUGAGCGAGCUGUCCCGGGCCGUGCGCACCAACAUCUUGUGCACCGUGCGCGGCUGCGGCAAGAUCCUGCCCAACAGCCCCGCGCUCAACAUGCACCUGGUCAAGAGCCACCGCCUGCAGGACGGCAUAGUAAAUCCAACAAUAAGGAAAGAUUUGAAAACUGUACCGAAAUUCUACUGUUGUCCAAUUGAAGGAUGCCCCAGAGGCCCUGACAGACCAUUUUCUCAAUUCUCUCUUGUAAAACAGCACUUUAUGAAAAUGCAUGCUGAAAAGAAGCAUAAAUGUAGUAAGUGCAGCAAUUCUUACGGUACUGAAUGGGACUUGAAAAGACAUGCAGAGGAUUGUGGCAAGACCUUCCAGUGCACAUGUGGCUGUCCUUAUGCCAGCAGAACUGCCUUGCAGUCACACAUCUACCGAACUGGCCAUGAGAUCCCUGCUGAGCACAGGGAUCCACCUAGUAAGAAAAGGAAAAUGGAGAACUCCACAAACAACCAGAAGUUGUCAAAAAAGACCAUUGAAUCAUUGAUCAAUAAACCAACUUCUAGACCAGACACUCAAGAAUUAGAAACUUCGGAAAUAAAGGUAGUGGCUUCCUUUGAAGACUCUUGCAGCUCUAAUGCCAGAAAACAGACUCUUAAAACACCUCCAAGAUACCCUCAGAAGUUGCUUUUACCAAAGCCCAAAGUGGCUUUGGUUAAAUUGCCUGUGAUGCAGUUUUCUCCCGUGCCUGUCUUUGUGCCCACUACAGCCGACUCUUCGGCCCAGCCUGUGGUAGUGGGUGUGGAUCACCAGGGCUCUGCCAUGGGCGCCGUUCACUUACUCCCCUUGUCCAUUGGAACCCUGAUCCUCGGCCUAGAUUCAGAGGCUUGCUCUCUUAAGGAGAGCCUGCCUCUCCCCAAAAUUGUGAAUCCCAUUGCUGUCGAGCCAGUCAGUACAGGUGUUCAGGUGAACUUGGGUAAAAGUCCACCUCCUUCUUUACAACAACUAGGGAACACAUGUCAGAAGCACAGCAUUUCCUCCAUCAACGUGCAGACAGAUCUGUCUUACAGCUCACCAGGCUUCCUGCCUUCUGCCCAGUGGGCUUCCCCAGACUCCUCCGUAUCGUCUUGUUCUCAAACUGAUUUGACAUUUGGUUCUCAAGUUUCACUGCCCAUUAGUGUUCAUACUCAGACAUUGUUACCUAGUUCUAAAGUAACUUCAUCUAUAGCUGCUCAGACCGAUGCUUUUUUAGAUGAUUGUUUCCAGUCAGGUGGGAUCUCCAGAGAAACGCAAACCAGUGGAGUGCAAAGUUCCACAGAUGACGGGGUACACAUGGACCAAGCAAUAAUGUGUGGGGACAUUUUUGAGAAUGUCCAUUCAUCCUACAGGGUUUCUACAGACAGUAUUAUAAGCAACAGUUUGGUAGCAGAUACUAUAACUCAUGGAUUGUUAUCUCAGAAUGACCCUAAGACUUUAAAUCAAGAUAUUGAGAAAUCUGCAUCAAUUAUAAACUUCAAUGAGCAGAAUAGUAUUCUUCCUUCACAAAACAUGACAGAUAAUCAGACCCAAACCAUAGAUUUAUUAAGUGAUUUAGAAAACAUCUUGUCAAGUAACCUGCCAGGUCAGACGUUGGAUAAUCGCAGUCUUCUGUCUGACACAAACACUGAACCCGACACACAGCUCUCAUCUGGCCCGACACAAAAUCCCGGAAUAGAUUUUGAUAUUGAAGAGUUCUUUUCAGCCUCAAAUAUCCAAACUCAAACGGAAGAGAGUGAACUCAGCAAUAUGAACACUGAACCAGUCUUGGAAUCCCUGGACAUCGAGACCCAAACUGACUUUUUACUUGCAGACACCUCUGCUCAGUCCUACAGUUGUAGGGGAAAUGCCAACUUCUUAGGCCUUGAAAUGUUUGAUACACAGACACAGACAGACUUAAACUUCUUUUUAGACAGCAGCCCUCAUCUGCCUCUGGGCAGUAUUCUGAAACACUCCAGCUUCUCCAUGAGCACUGAUUCAUCUGACACAGAAACCCAAACAGAAGGGACUUCCACCAAAAACCUACCUGCUCUAGAAAGCAAAGUUCAGUUGAACAGUACAGAAACACAAACCAUGAAUUCCUGUUUUGAAACCCUGGGGAGUUUGUUUUUCACCAGCAAUGAAACUCAAACAGCCAUGGAUGACUUCCUGCUAGCCGAUUUGGCCUGGAACACCAUGGAGUCUCAGUUCAGUUCUGUGGAAACCCAGACAUGUGCAGAACUACAGACGGUCUCCAACUUCUAAAAGAGACGUCCCCGUAUGGGGACAGCAUUUACAGUUUUUUUCUGGAUUUAGAAAAUAGGGAAUGGGGACAACAGUAUUAACUAUUGAAUGUAGUUUAUGCAGUUGCUUAGAUUCUUUGCCUUUUGUACUUGUAAACAUGAAUUUGUGUAUAAAUAUGAGUGUAUUAUAAAGUGUAUGAUGCUGAUCUAAAAAUGAUUGUUUUUGUGUUGCAUACCAUUGCCCCUUCAAAACUUGUCUUUCCUUCUAAAAAAAAUAGAUGUACUUCACACCUUUAAAAACAAUAUUAGCCAUUUAGCUGAUGCCAAGCUUGGCGGGUACUACAGUAGAAACUUUUCAAAUCUUUAAAUGUUUUAUGUUGGAGUGUAACAUACUUAAAUUGCACAUAAGAUAUAUUUUUAAGAGUGCUUGUUAGAAAUUCCUGUUUCCCGACAGUAGCCUGUGAAGUGGAUGUAAACCGUAACGCUUAACAUGGUUUGAGACCCAUGCUGCCUACAGCUUCAUCUGCUUUGCCAUCCUACUCUUCUGACUUGAAGACACAAAGGAAAACUGUAAUUGUCUCUCACUUUUGGAAUAGUUUUCAUGUAGUCAACUUCUCUACAUGAGCUGCUAUUGAUACCAAUGUAAGUGUACAGUAUUUUAAUCACAAGAGGCUCAUGGCUGAAAAAUUAUUGUGUAAAGGAAUAGCAAGGGCUUACAUGUAAACAGUGAUCCUCCCAAUUGAAAUAACAGUAAGCCACCCCCAGCAUGGAAACAUUGGGGUGUACCCUACCAACAUCCUACUGUCUACAGUAGUAGCAGCUUCCUAAAGUGCACCCACAGCCUGGAUCUGCGCUUUUAUCACGCUGUUAUGUUUAAAAAAAAAAAAAGUGGGAAGAGAACAGGACACUUCCCCCUAAAUUUCUAUGUGUGGCACUUCUAUCUAUAAGCUUAAUAGGCCAAAAAUGCAGUCUUUGAUUAUUUUAAAGUGACCCACCUUCCUUCAUCCACCACUCAUCUCUUUUCCUUGAAUGGCUUCUCAAAGACAUCAGUCUGGCAAGGGUAUUAUUUGUGCAUUGAGGGUAGCAAUUACAGAAUAGAACCACCUAAAAUACGGUAGUCUGCAUUUUGCUUUAUUUAUUUUUAAGAAAGUUAUACAAAACAGUCUUCUUCAAAAAGAAUAAAGGCGGCAAAGACCUAUUGUUUCAAUUAUCAAGAAUAUUUUUUUGUUUGGAGAUGGAGCAAGGUCAAGUAUGCUUUCAGGGUUUUCUUUAUCUAGGAGUUCCUGCUUAAUUGUUGGCCAACUUUCAGAAAAGUAAGAAUCAGUGCAGUUUGUUAAGUGUUCUAAGUUUACAAAGAAAUGCUCUGUCCCUUCUUUUCCAGGUGCUUGUGCUACUGAAGGCUAAAUCCUCAGAAGAAAAUCUAGUAAGGGGACUAAAUUCCUUAAAGUAAAUUGAUGGUGUUACUACUAAUUCAUAUUCCAUAUAUCAGAUACAGAGCAAGUGUUGGUAAUGGGUAACAUAUAUCCUGGGCAGAUGAACUGAAUUUGGUAGACAAAAGAGUUUGCUUUGAUCACAGUUGCCUAUGAAUGUGGGUUUCAAAACAAAGCCUUAACUUAGAAUUUCAUUAUGAUUUAGAAUCAUUGCUGCCUUAAUGUUUAAACAUCUAUUUAAGACCUCUUAAUAAAGAAGAAAUGCAUGUUUGUUUAUGGCUUUUUGUAAAUAUAAAUGCAUUGAUCUAUGGCUUAAACAACAACAAAAAACACUUUAUUUCCUUGACAGUGUUUGUUAAUCUAGCCAAUAGAAUUAUUUGCAGAAAAAUGGUGCAUGUAAUAGAACUGUACAAGAACUGCUCUCCCUCAAAAGCUUAGUUACCUGAAUUGUUCUAAAAGUAAUUGUAAAAACUGAAAUUCAGUGAUUAAAAACAAGAAA